AUGAUAUCUGAAGGGGCAGCUACCGCGCUGGCAACGGUAGGAACGGUGUGCUGGUGUAUUCAGUUAAUUCCACAGAUCAUCUUCAACUAUAGAAGAAAGGACUGCGAAGGACUCCCUCCUCUUAUGAUGCUAUUAUGGGUAGUGUCAGGAAUUCCAUUUGCCAUAUACUUCAUGGUCACUAAAGGUAACAUGACGUUGCAAGUGCAACCUCAUCUUUUUAUGUUCUUUUGCUCGAUAAGCUAUAUUCAGUCUCUAUACUAUCCCCCGGUGCAAUUAGCUCAUAAAAAAAUCAUCAUGAUCAUUCUUACACUAAUUGUAGUAGACGUGGGGAUGGAAGUCGGAUUCACAUUAUGGUUGCGACCACUCUACGCAAGGGGAGUCCAUUGGCCCAGUCUUAUAUUUGGCAUAUUGGCAUCAGUGCUGCUGGGGCUUGGCUUGGUUCCUCCAUAUUUCGAGCUUGCAAAGAGGCGGGGCCGCGUUGUGGGCAUUAAUUUUAUCUUUUUGGGCAUUGACUCUUUAGGAGCAUGGCUCUCUAUUGUAAGUGUCAUUCUGGGGAAUAUGGACAUCAUGGGUAUCAUUCUUUACAGCAUUGUGGCCGCUUUGGAAUUGGGGAUUUUCAUUUCACACUUCAUAUGGUGUUGCAGGUUCAAGUGGUUUGGCAAUGGGACCACCGAAGACGUUGACGAGGAGAAACAGCAAAACUGCUCAAAUUCAGAAGCUUCGAUAGGUGUGGAAAUGGAGCAACAUUAUUCGAACUCGGUGACCUCAGUGGAUAGGGCCUUUGUCGAGGUGAGUGAUGAGGAAGGUAAGAAGUGA